AUGCAAACCCGUAAAGUUAAUAACCGUAAAGAUAAUAGUGCAGACAUAAUUUCUCCUCAUGCAAAUCGUUUGGUUUCUUACAUGAAUACGCAUCCCGAUACUAUCCUAGGAUAUGCAAAGUAUUAUGGAGAAGUUAGAAACGCAGUUAGUGCUCGUAUGACGGAUAUUAACUCGACUGGGUUUGUGAUAGCGGUAAAAGGAGAGGAUGGAUUAGAAUCAGAAGUUCACAUUAGAUUUAAAAAUCAAUUGAGAUCGCAUGAAGAAGUUAGACCUACACUGACUAGGAUGGCACAAGAAGCCGAGGACGCUUUGAACUUGCCUAGUACAAGACCACCACUUUCAAUGAUGACUGAUUCAUCAUCACGAGUAUCAACUUCUUUUCAUACACCAUUUAUUAUGCCUGGAAAAUUUGAUUUAUCAUUAACAUUAUUUGGCAUCGUAUUCUUAUUAACCGUGGCUUUCUACCCUUUUUCUUCACCAAAAUUUAUCGAAGAAUUUAGAAAUUUUGUUGGACCAACUAUAAUAAAUAUAAGUCUAAGCAUUUUGGUCAUUUUUCAUUCCGUUGAAGCGCUAGUAGCAUUUAUCGUGUUGACAAUGAGAUGCGAAAAGGACACUUGGACUUUGGUGAAAUGGGUCGUUGCUAACCUUCUUUAUGGUCAUGUUUGGCUAUUGUUCAAAGAUCAAAGUUCUUCCACAUAA